UUUGAUGAGGUAGGCAGGCAUCGCGACACCAUUUCCGGCCUACCGGAUGUUGAGUGAGGAGAAAAAAACAAUUGAAUCACGAAUACAAUAAGCUAACGUUUUAAAUUAUGGCACACACCACUGUAUCUGAACGUUGGCGAAAACAUACAUGUUAUGUGCAAUGCAUUUUAUAUUUAUAAAUAUUGAUAUUUUGUCGGGUUUGGACUACAAAACGGUAUGUUGACAUUUGCUAGCUAGCUUUCAUCAUGUCGACAGCUAUCUAACUGGUGAAUCGAGAACAAGUUUGCACUAACAUUUUUGGGUACCUGGGGACAGUGGUGGGGUUACCUGACUAGUUUGUGGUUGAAGAGGAGACACGUGAUUUGAACAAAAGCUGGAUGAUCGUUCUUGCCUGGGCUGUUAUUGGAGGAUCUACGUUGAACAUUUAUCUUUUCCUCAUCAGUCCCGCCAGAGAGCCUGCCUAAAAAUAAAGACACCAUCUGAAGAGAAGAUCAGCAAGGAGGUUGACAACUGCCAUAACAUGCCCCAAUGAAGGAGCCCUUACAAAGACUCCAACUACAGAGAGAAAGUAAAAGCCAACAGAACAAAGUGGUAGCUGAACCCUCUGACACACGGUCACUACCAGGUACACCUGUUUCGGUUGUCCAUCCUAAUUCCAGAAAGGUAAACUCUGGUGACAUUAAUCACAGAAGAAAGCUCACAAAGACCCAGGCAAAUAUGGAGAAAAUGCAUGUUAAUUCACCUGCUACUGGUCAUGCUAGAACUCAAUGUGAAAGUGCCAAUCCUGAAGUGCAUUUAUCACUUACUGGGAGUGAGCAAACAUUGAACUGUAUCACAAAAGAGCUGGUGGGUGUAACAAGGCCAGCAGCAGUAGAUGUUGUUAGGAAACGUGGUCGCCCUCACAAGAAGGCAAAGAUGCUGCAUACUGUGCUACAAACAGUGGAGAGUUCUUCUCAUCUGAGCACUGCAGAAUCAAAGGAUUGGAGUGAAACAAUGUCUGACAGAGCGAAUGCUAUUUCCUUUACUACAAACUGUGUAGAAAACAGGGAUGACACAUCUCUCAGAGCUAUUGAAACAAAAGCAAUACCUCUAAACUGUGAACCAAGCAAUACAGCGGUGUCUGUUCUUGACUUGUCCCCCCAAGACCAUCAACCAGCUGAAUCCAGCCCUGUGGCUAUCUCACCCUUGGAACCAAAAAGGAAAAGGGGACGACCAAAGGGGUCGACCAAGAAACGACCAGGAAGAACCAUGAACACUAUUUCAGUGCAACAAUCCCAUGUAACAGAAGAAAACAUUGUAAUUAAAAAGGAACCUGAUGAGAUGCUAUCUGGAAAGGAAAGGAGAGGAAACAUUGGUCAUCAGCCUGAGGAAACUCCUGUUGAGCCUAAACACAGAGUAGGACGACCACCAAAGAAAACAACACUCGUGAGGCAGUUUGCGUUAGCACAGAGAAAAUCACAGAGAAAAUCAUGUUCUAUUACAGCAUCUGUGAAUUCUCAGGAUAUUACACCACAACAUCAGAAGAUUGAGACUGAGCGUUCAGAUUAUAUAGCAAGGCAUGUGUCUGUGUCGCUUAGUCGCGUUGAUUCUCAGAGAGGUGGUAGGUCAAGUGGGACUGCUGACAUGAUCUCUAAUGUGAAGUGUGAGGAUAUUGAAAUAGAGCUGGGGGAUUUUAAUUCCCUGACACAGUCAAAUUGUCUCAUGUCUUUUCAAUGCCAAACUGACACCAGUGUGAAGGUUGAGCCCUGUAAUACUAGUUGUGAAGGCACUGAAUUCAAAAAGCCACUCAAAGUUGACAAACGCAGAGGAACUGCUGGCACUGCUCCCAGAAAGCGAUCCCGGUUCGUUUUUGGAAAAACUAAAUACAAAAAAGGAAAGAGGAAAAGGUGCAUUGAUGCUAGAGGUAGACUCCAAAGUGUGACCUCACAGAGAGAUCCAGACACCAUGUCAAAGCAGGUCGAUGAAGGCAAUGGUGAUGUUGGAAAGGAGAUGGACUGUGGCGAGUCAGCUUGGGAGUAUGAGGGCAACACAAAUGACAGCUUUUCAAAUGGAAGUAAGUCAACAGAUGAAGGAUUUAAAGAUUUGCUUGAGAGUCACCAAAAUCCUAUCGUCACUGAUGUAAACAUAUUAGAAACUAUGUCGCAUGAGUCCUUUUCAAAUCAGAUGUCGUACAAGGUGAAGAAUUUACAAGUAAGAAAAUCAAGAAAGAGAGAGAUUGUGUAG